GAACACCAGAGGUGGGCAGCAGCCGAUGCAAAAUAAAUCGAAGCAGGCUGUGGUGUUGUGAGGUGCGCAGUGAGGUUUGCUUCGCAUUUUCUGCGAUAUCACCGCUCUCCGUGAGUGUCCGGUGUUCAGGCGUUGCGUUUUGUGUCUACGGGCAUCGAAACAUCUAACGAGCUGUCGGGAAAGUGCUUAUGGAGGUUGAGGUGAUAUCGCAGAUGUGCAGCGAGACCCAUCGUCCUAGUUGAGCGGAUGAUUCUGAUCCGGCUUUUAUGGAUGUGAUGUUCGUCUCGUGCAAGCCAGACGAGACGGCGAGAGUGGCACACAAAUAGACGGAUGUGUUGCAGGUGGUGGCGGGCGGAUAGGCUGAGCCAGGGAGCGGGCCAGGGCCAGGGGCAGGUGCAGGCGCAGGUGCAGGGCCAGGGGCAGGUGCAGGCGCAGGGCCAGCCGGGCCAGGCGGCACCCGCACCCGAGCAGCGGCCGCGGCGCGCAGCCGGCCUGCAUGGCAGGGCCGGCCCCACCACCAUGGUCAAGACGUUCCAGGCCUACCUGCCCAACUGCCACCGCACCUACUCGUGCAUCCACUGCCGCGCCCACCUCGCCAACCACGACGAGCUCAUCUCCAAGUCCUUCCAGGGCAGCCAAGGAAGGGCUUACCUCUUCAAUUCUGUGGUGAACGUGGGAUGCGGCCCUGCAGAAGAGAGAGUCCUGCUCACAGGACUUCAUGCUGUUGCCGAUAUAUACUGCGAGUGCUGCAAAACAACACUGGGGUGGAAAUACGAACAUGCUUUUGAAUCAAGCCAGAAGUAUAAGGAAGGCAAAUACAUCAUCGAGUUGGCUCACAUGAUAAAAGAAAAUGGUUGGGAUUGAACAACAGUUUAGCCCAAUGUUGCCUCAUGGGAGGCUCCCAGAUUGUCCCACACUGCAUGCAUGCUUGGAUGAUCUUCUGUAUUGUGAGAAUUUAAUUUGUGUUGAAAACCAGAAGAAUAGAACCAGUGAAGGAAAUGAACCAUGACAUUGUGUGGUAACACACAAGACUCCACACAUGUGUGCCUGCACCCAGUGGUGUUAGCAAAGAGAGUGUACUGAAAGGAACAGAAGCGCUCUUCUUGGUCUUAAUGAAGAAGAAAGUAAAAGUAAAUAUACGUUACAAGAAUGUGCAUUCGACAUCGACAGAGACAAUUAUAAGAUAUGUGUUACUUGAUGAACAGGCUCUAGAGAUAAGUUACAGAUUUCUAUGCUUAGUUUGCACUGUUCAUUGUUUUUAUAUCUAUAAAAGAAAGCAUUAAAUGUGGGAGUUGGUAUUAGACCUAUGGACGCAAAGUGAAGUCCACGUUGUUUUAUCUAUUGGGUACCUGGCGGCAGAAGGAAGCGGAGUCUCAUGCAUCUGCAGAGAUCUGAAAAGUUAUAUUAUGUACUUACUGUGUGCCAGGUGAGGCAAUGGCCACUGACUGCACGCUCGGCUGUAGUGCUGAGGCAGAAACUGCUUUUCAGUUUGUGUGAAUUAAGUCUGACAAUUUGCUUACUGAUAAUGUUUUCUCCAGAUACGCAGUUGUGGACUUUACCAUUGCAAGUUUAGCUUGAUGUGAUAAGUGGUGGCAGUCUUAUCUUUUAUUUGCAUCAGAGUGAUCUUGAUUAAUUUAUACAGUUAUUGGAGAGUUUGGUUGAUGAAUGCUGUGAGCUUUUUUUGACACUUUAGACUUAAGUGUACUUAAGGAAGAAAAUUCAGUUUAAAAAGCUUAUAAUAAUUUGAAUAAUCAUGUCUCACUUUGCUGCAGAAAAGAGAAAUUGCCAUCACAACUCUUUUUGGUAACCCAGUCUAGUCUUUCAGUCUGUGCAUUCAUUAUUAUUUCCCUUGUAUUAGAUAGUAUUUGUACGAAUUUUUGUUUUUCUUUAUGUCCUCUUUUUUUUUUUCAGUCCUCACAUGUUUAAUUUGGAGGUAGUUCAGGGGUAGAUAUCAUCUUUCCAGAAUACAGUGAAAACACUUACACUUUGAACUUCAUCAUUCGAAUAUUUUCUUUCUACCAAUUUCAUGUUGACAUUGUCAGAUGAAUGGAACAUUUUGUUUCUUUGAAUUUUUUUCUAAAACGUAAAGGAGCAGAAAAAAUGUGUAAUAUAUCCAUCCAUGGAAUUUUGGUGAUGUCAGUACCAAUUAUUUUCUUUUUGUCCUAACAGUGCAAGUGAUAUAUGUGGAACAGUUUUUCAGUGUCUUUGAUACUGUAACAUGUGAUAAUCAUUUUAUCUGUGAAUUAUUUGCUCCAUGUGUGUACCAAUGUGUAGACUGCAUAAACAAAGGCAGAAAUAAAUGUGAUUGAAUUUGAUAUUAAUGACCACAUAAUGUAUGUUUUUUCCUUGAUAAUUUUUUAUACAUUCAGUUCAUAGUAUUUUCAGUUUGAAUAGUUUUAUAACAAAACAUGCCAUAUUUUUAUGUAUUAGUGGUAAGUUAAUUUUAUAAUCAAUAUGCUAAAUCUGCAAAAAAUAGUAGUGCUAUCCACUUUCAUUAGGAAGCAAAUUAGCAUGUGCAUCAUUGGAGUUUUUAAAUUUGAUAUGUCUAGAAACUAAGAUACCUGUGUGUAAAUGUGAGAACUGUCUUAGGUGAUAUUUUUAGUUUUAUAUACUGGUACUUGUAUUCCUAAUUUCUUUUUUCUUUCGGAAUUUGCACAAGAUGAUAUAGGGCUGAACUACAUGCAUACAUAUUCUACAUUUUCUUACAAUACAAAAUUGUGUCACUAAACAUUAUUUUCUGAUUUACUUAUAAUGCUGGAUAAAGAGUAGGAUUGUGUGUGAUCGAAAUGACUUUCUGUUAGUAUAUUUGUAUUUUCACAAUUACAUUUUCCUAGGAUUCCCUUAUAUAGUAUAAAUGUGAGAAUAUUAUUCAGAAAUAUCUGUACACAAAUGUUAUAUUUUGUAUGUAUCAAAUGCUAUGUUCUAGAUUCUAACUCUUUAAAACUGGUAAUCUAACCAGAAAACUAAAUGAAAUAAAUUAAAGAGCAAUCUCAGUUACAAAAUC